GGUCGCCUAGGCCGGGCACUGGGGAGUGGCUCGUUCUGCAACGCCCCAUAGGUGUCCCGGGACCGCAGUUCCGAGCGCCUAAGGGUGCCCGUAGAUCAGCGUCCCUGUGCCCACAGGUGUGCCGGGACCGGGCAGUGCCCAGCCAGCGAUGCCCAUCCCGCACCUGCACUCGAUGAUAGAGUUGGUCCCGUUCCUCCUGCUCCUGUUGCUGCUCCUCACCCUCAUCCUCGUCUUCCUCUACACGCAGCGGCCCGACUCCGACUCCAAGCGGAUUUGAGACCAGGAGCGCCCGGCCGCUCCACUAGUCCCUAUCUGUCACAUGAUUCGAAGCAGCAACCAUGGAAAAUUCACACGGGGAAGAUUACAAGAUCCAGUCAUUUGAUGCCGACACACAGAAGCUGCUGAAGAUGGCGCUGAAAGAACCGGCACUGGUUGACUUGGAGAAAGUGGCCUCGGUGAUAGUUGAACAGUCCCUGAAAGACCUGGUGUUCAGCAAGGAAGCUGGCCGCAUCUGCUACACCAUUGUUCAGGCUGAGAGCAAGCAGAGUGGGAACAGUAACUUCCGGCGGGGCAUCCUAAACCGGCUGCAACAGGAGUUCCUGGUGAAGGAGCAGGUCCGGGAGGGCUCAGUGAAUGCCUGGAUCUGCCUGGUCACUUUUAUCUGCAACGUUUUUGAUUACCUGAAGGUGAAUAAUAUGCCCAUGAUGGCGCUGGUUAACCCAGUGUACGACUGCCUUAUGCGCCUUGCCCAGCCUGAUGCUCUGCAGAACGAAGAAGAGGUAGACUGUCUGGUACAGCAGUUGCAUCGCAUCGGAGAGCAGCUGCAGAGGACCUGCACCCAGCGGAUGGAUGACCUCUUCUGCCUCUUGCGAGAUGGCUUCCUGCUGCAGGACCGACCCUCCCCACUGUCCCGACUCCUGCUGUUGGAGAUCAUUGAGUUCCGGGCGGGAGGGUGGAAGAUGUCCGACAGUGCCCAGACAUACUACUAUAGUGAGGUGGUUGAUUGACAGGAGACUGACUUUAGCUUCAGCACGAGGCAGUAUUUCAAAUUCCAAGGCUGAACAUGUUUUGGAGAUUCACCAGCUGAGGGAGCUAUUAGUUCAAGUUCCCAUGCUUGAGGAUUUAACUUUUUUGAUAACACUUUAAGUAACAAUGAACUGACUUCUGGGCGGUUCUCAGCGUUUUGCUCUGCUGCUUGUAUAUGAACUUGAGGCUCAUGUUGGGCACACUGCUGCAUUGUUGCUGGACAUUGUACUGGGUGAGUGUGUGUGCAGACCGGUCACUACACUCAGUUCAUUCACAUUCUGCUGCCCCUGGCCCAGUGGCCGUUGUGCUGUGAACAAGCUGGCCACAGACCAGACCACUAGACCACAGUCUGUGUAAGUUUUACUUUUCCAAAAUCAGAGGACAGCUAUUAUUAUCCAUCACUUAUCCCCCAUGGACUAAGCAGCUAGCUAGGGCAGUUACCACUUUGGGUCUGGAGUUUCAUAUGAGCAAGAUUGGGUUAUGGAGCCAGAUUGCUCUCAUGUGAUGGACAUCAGUGUUGGCGCGUGUCCUAGUGGACAAGGCAUCAGACUAGUAACCUGAAGGUCACUGGUUCGAGCCUCAGCUGAGGCAGCGUGUUUGUGUCCUUGAGCAAGGCACUUAACAACACAUUGCUCUGCGACGACACUGGUGCCAAACUGCUUGGGUCCUAGUGCCCUUCCCUUGGACAACAUCGGUGGCGUGGAGAGGGGAAGGCCUGCAGCUUGGGCAACUGCUGGUCUCCCUUACGACCCUGUCCAGGCCUGCGCCCUGGAAACUCCAGACGCAGAUCCAUGGUCUCUCGAGACUGACGGAUGCCACCACCGAUGGACAUCAGUCACAAGGGAGACAUUACAUAUGAGCAGAGUAACAAGUGCCUUGUUCUCUCCUGUCAGUGGUCCCUUCCUGCUAGAUGGUCUUCAUUGCCCCUGUACCCCAGCAGCCACAACCCACACCUGCCCUCUUCUGCUGUAGCCUCAUCUGCACAUGGUCUAAGAGGUGGAGGCCCAGAAGCUCCAUUCUGACCAGGACCCUGAUGCCCUUGACUGCCACUGACUGCAAGGUCGUCUGAGCAGGAGCCCACCCUGUCAGUCAGAACGUUUGACAUCGACAGAUGGUGUGACUCCUCCCCAUUCCCCCUCAGCACUUGCUUCGCAUUAGUUACAUCUGAUCAGUUUUCAGAAGCUUUGCUUAAAUAAAGAAACUAGUUUCACUUCUUGCAAAUUUUCACACCUUUUUACCCUUCAUUAAGUCAUCAACAGGUUGAAGGCCAAUCUGAGUGAGGUCGUGCAGGAGGACCUUGUCUAUUGUCUACCCAUUGGAUCAGGGCUGACCUGUACUUCAUUCAUUUACCUGCUGUGUCAUGUUUUGUGAUGUUGUUAACAAAUUAAUCUGCUAAA